CCUCACUCUGGCCUUCCUGUCUCCCCAGCUCCUGAACUUUCCCUCCUUCUCUCAUGCUCUGGGCCCAUUCUUAGCAAACUAACAAGUCUCAGACUCCUGAUCUGCAACCAUCCUAGAGGCCUGUUGAGCUCUGGUCCAAGUGUCUAUCUCUGCCCCCUGGUGGCCUGCUGAUAGAGCUUCAUGGAGGUAUCUUCCAACCUCUCCUCCAAAACUGAUUCAGACAGCUACGCUGAAGUGAAUGAUGUGAUCACCCAAAUAUCCUCCAAAGUGCAGAUACAAGAUAUUACUACGGAAUUACACUGCCCAUUGUGUAAUGACUGGUUUCGUGAUGCACUAAUGCUAAGCUGUGGCCACAACUUCUGCCAAUCUUGUAUCCAAAACUUUUGGAAGCAGCAAGCAAAUGAAACAUUCUGUCCUGAGUGUAAGAUGUUAUGUCAAUACAGUAACUGUACAUUUAAUCUUGUACUGGAGAAGCUGGUAGAGAAGAUUAAGAAGCUACCCCUGCUUAAGGGCCAUCCACGGUGCCCAGAGCAUGGAGAGAACCUGAAACUGUUCAGUAAGCCAGAUGGGAGACUAAUAUGCUUUCAAUGCAAAGACGCUCGAUUGUCUGUGGGGCAGUCUAAAGAAUUCCUGCAGAUCUCUGAUGCUGUCCAUUUCUUCACGGUGGGUGAGCCCUGGGUCUUCAACAGUCUUGAGCAAUUCCUUAGGAAGGCUGGGAAAAAUCAUUUGUUGGACUUCUUUCAAUACCACCCCUUCAUUCAGGAGGAGCUUACCAUUCAUCAGGGUCAACUGGAGGCAACCCUGAAGGAGCUUCAGUCCCUGAAGAAUAUGCAGAAAGAUGCUAUUGCUGCUCACAAGGAAAACAAGCUACAUCUGCAGCAGCACAUCUCCCUGGAGUUUCUAAAGCUGCAUCAGUUCCUGCACAGCAAAGAAAAGGACCUUUUAAGUGAGCUCCGAGAAGAGGGGAAAGCCUUGAAUGAGGAGAUGGAGCUGAAUCUGAGCCACAUUCAGGAACAGUGUCUCCUAGCCAAGGAGAUGUUGGUGAGCAUCCAGGCACGGAUGGAGCAGCAGAACCCCUUCGACUUUCUCAAAGACAUCACACCUCUCUUGGACAGCUUGGAGCAAGGAAUGAGAAUGCUGACGCCCAAGGAGCUUGUCUCCAGAAAGCUGAGCCCAGGCGUGUUCAAAGGGCCCAUCCAGUACACGAUGUGGAGAGACAUGCAGUCCACCCUCUCUCCAGGUCUAUCUCCAUUAACUCUGGACCCUAAAACUGCUCACCCAAAUCUAGUGCUCUCCAAAAACCGAACCAGUGUGUGGCAUGGUGACAUUAAGCAGCUGAUGCCUGAUGAUCCAGAGAGGUUUGACUCAAGUGUGGCUGUGCUGGGCUCAAAAGGCUUCACAUCUGGAAAGUGGUACUGGGAAGUGGAAGUAGCAAAGAAGACAAAAUGGACAGUUGGAGUUGUCAGAGAAUCCAUCCUUCGGAAGGGCAGCUGUCCUCUAACUCCCGAGCAAGGAUUCUGGCUUUUAAGACUAAGGAACCAAACCGAUCUAAAGGCUCUGGAUUUUCCUUCUUGCAGUCUGAAACUGACUAGCAACCUCAACAAGGUGGGCAUAUAUCUAGAUUACGAGGGCGGACAAGUGUCCUUCUACAAUGCUAAAACUAUGACCCACAUUUACACCUUCAGCAGCAUGUUCAUGGAGAAACUUUACCCCUACUUCUGCCCUUGCCUUAAUGAUGGCGGAGAGAAUAAAGAACCAUUGCAUAUCUUACAUCCACAGUAAUCUGUCAUACUAUUGUGUAAAUUCAGAGAGUUAUUAAAGAGGUACUGAAACAGUU